AUGCAAAUGGAUGAGGAUGUAGGCAAGGUUGCGCAAGCCACACCAGUAUUGAUUUCAAAAGCUUUAGAGUUGUUUAUGCAGUCUCUGAUUGACCAUGCAUGUCAAGAAACAAGAGCAAGAAAUGCAAAACGAAUGUCUGUUUCUCAUUUAAAAAAAACGAUAAUGACAACCGAGCAAUUCGAUUUUUUAAAGGAUACUGUUGCAAACAUACCGGACCCCGUGGAAACUGCAGAUGGUGGUGAAGGUCCAUCAUCAGGCGGAGCUAGCAACAAUGAUAUGGAAGGUAUCUUAAGUGCUGAUGAACCUGAUGUUGAUCCAGCACCUCCACAACCCAAGAAACGAAGAGCUCGGAGAAAGAAUAACGACGAUGAUAUUUAUGUACCGUCUGCUGGUCCUCGGCCUUCAAAAUCAAGACGGAGCACGAGAAAGAAAAAAGAGGCGGAAGAUUGGUAG